AACCUGCAGGUUCAUGUGUCAACUCGACAGUAGAAGAAGAAGCAGCAACAUGGCGGCCCGCACGUCGCUGCCCUUGCUAUUCUCUAAAAAACUUCCUCCGUUCAGACUCAAACACAGGCUCGUCCACACCGAGGCUGCGGCGAAGGAGCCCGCGUACCCGCCCAUCGUGCCCUCUCUCACGGCCAAAAGCAAAGCGGCCCGGCUGCGGCAGAUCGAGGAGCGGGUGGAGAAGAUCCGCGCGGCCCCGGUGGAGGAGAAACUCUCCCUGACCACUCGCAUCCAGCGCAAGAAAUUCGUGGUUUACCCGCAAACCUUCGCCCGGAACGCGGACAGAUGGUACCAGCACUUCACCAAGACCGCGUACAUCCCGGGUCUGCCCGAGAAAUUCACCCUGGACGCGGAGGAGAGCCCCGCGGAGGAGGGCUCGACCUCGGCCGCAGCUCCGAGCUCGGUGCCGGGGAUGGACGAUGAGGCGUUCGCUGACAUCCGCGCCCUGGUCACCCGAGUGAUUUUACAGGAGCACUGGCACCUGAAGAAACGUAAAGCUUUCCUGUACCGACAGCAGGAGAUGGUGGUGGGACCUUUUCUGAGGAGCCUGGUGACCGAACUCACCUACAGCCUGACCCGACACAACCCGCUGCUGCUGCUCUCCAGUCUGGACAUUAAUCCCCAAGUGAACUUCUAUUGGAGGCGAGGACAGAGAAUCAUCCCAAGGGGGCACCGGAGUGGCCGGCCAGAGCCGACCAGGUUCCAGAUCGACGACCACCCCCAGUGUCAGAUUAGGAUCACUCAGCAGCUGCCACAGUUCACCCCACUGGAGGCGUCCUAUGCAGCUGAGGUCCCAGAGGUCAAAUAUGCUCCCAACCUGAUGCCUCUGUUCAGAAGACAGUACGACAACAAUAUCUUCACAGGUGCUAAGCUACCAGACCCAGCCUGCUACGGUCACACUCAGUUCCACCUGGUUCCUGACAGAUAUCACAGAGACCGGAUGGCUCGGCAGAAGCAGUCGGACCAGGUGGAGGUCUUCCUCAGAGCCAACGCACUCGCCAGCCUCUUCGCCUGGACAGGAGCUCAGGCCAUGUACCAGGGUUUCUGGAACUACGAGGAUGUCGCCAGGCCUUUCGCGUCCCAGGCUGUGAUCACCGACGGCCACUUCUUCUCCUUCUUCUGCUACCAGCUCAAUACAGUGGCUCUCUCUGUGGAGACGGACGUCAACAACCCCAGGAAAAAUCUUUUGUGGGGUACAGAGAGUCUGCGGUUGUACGAGGGCGUGGAGGACGGAGAGGUGGUGGGCCUGAACGACGGCGUCAUAAAGCUUCUGGUUAACUUCCUCAUGAACCGGCCAUAGACUUGCUCAGAUGUCCGUCUUCUCUUUUGAUUGAUUGCUUCUGUCUCCUGAUGAAAAAAAAACCUAUUUCUUUUCUCCAUGGCCAUGAAAGAUACAAGAAAUCAAGAGAAACCUUGGCAGACAUGUGCACGUUUUGUUGGACUGUAUUUAAAAAAAACCACACACAUCUGUUUUAAUCUGUGCAAACAGGUUUAUGAGUUUGAACAAAUGUGCAGAUUAUUUAUGCAAAAAUAAAAAGAUACUUUAUAAUCAGGA